UUCCUUAAGGGAGGGUUUUUUUCUCUCUCCCUCCCCCACACCGUAGCGGUGUGCAAGCGGGCGGGGCGGGCAGCCGAGUUUUCCAAGAGGUAACUUCACCAAGAUGUCAAGUGAUAGGCAAAGGUCCGAUGAUGAGAGCCCCAGCACCAGCAGUGGCAGUUCAGAUGCAGACCAGCGAGACCCAGCUGCUCCAGAGCCUGAAGAACAAGAAGAAAGAAAGCCUUCUGCCACCCAACAGAAGAAAAACACCAAACUCUCUAGCAAAACCACUGCCAAGUUAUCCACUAGUGCUAAAAGAAUUCAGAAGGAGCUAGCUGAAAUAACUCUCGAUCCUCCUCCUAACUGCAAUGCUGGGCCUAAAGGAGAUAACAUUUAUGAAUGGAGAGCGACUAUUCUUGGUCCACCGGGUUCUGUAUAUGAAGGUGGUGUGUUUUUUCUGGAUAUCACAUUUUCGUCGGAUUAUCCAUUUAAGCCACCAAAGGUUACUUUCCGUGCCAGAAUCUAUCACUGCAACAUCAACAGUCAGGGAGUCAUCUGUCUGGACAUCCUUAAAGACAACUGGAGUCCUGCUUUGACUAUUUCAAAGGUUUUGCUAUCUAUUUGUUCUCUUUUGACAGACUGCAACCCUGCGUAUCCUCUGGUUGGAAGCAUAGCCACUCAAUAUUUGACCAACAGAGCAGAACACGACAGGAUAGCCAGACAGUGGACCAAGAGAUACGCAACAUAAUUCAUAUUAUUUGUAUGCAGUGUGAAAGAGCAGAAGGCAUCUUCUCACUGUGCUGCAAAUCUUUAUAGCCUUUACAAUAUGGACUUCUGUGUAUAUGUUAUACUGAUUCUACUCUCUGCUUUUAUCCUUUGGAGCCUGGGAGACUCCCCAAAAAGGUAAAUGCUAUCAAGAGUAGAACUUUGUAGCUGUAGAUUAGUUAUGUUUAAAACAC